AUGUCCCAACCAGAGGACCCCAAGGCUGCCAAUCGAGCACGCUUUGAGCUGGAGCUUGAGUUUGUUCAGGCCCUCGCCAACCCCUUCUAUCUCCAUUCGCUUGCUCAGCAAAACAUCCUCAAUCAGCCGGCGUUUGUCAAUUUCCUAAAAUAUCUGCUAUAUUGGAAAGAGAAGGACUACGCGAGAUUUAUACACUACCCUCAUGCUCUGCAUCACCUCGAGCUCCUCCAACAUGCACAGUUCCGUUCCGAGAUUGGAAAGGACGAAUGGAGAGAAUAUCUGAAUCAGAAGCAGUUCGAUCACUGGAGAACAUGGUCUGUAGAUCUGAACUGCUGA